CGGGGGGGGGAGAGGUCCCCGAGCCCCGCCGUCGCAGGCGAGGAGGGGGCGGCUGGCUGGCUGGGGGGGGCCGGUCAUGGCGGAGCCCAGCCCCGAAGAUCCGCCUCCGAACCUGAAGCCGGAGACGCAGCCUCCCGAGCAGCGGCGACGGACCAUCGAGGAUUUCAACAAAUUCUGCAGCUUCGUCCUGGCCUACGCCGGCUACAUCCCUUCCAAGGAGGAGAAUGACUGGACGCCCUCCGGCUCAAACUCGCCCAUCCGCCCAGAGAGCGUGGUGGACAGUGAUGGCUGGGAGUCGACCCACUCGGACCUGCACACCAUUGAGACCUUUGUGAAGAAGGCCAAGUCUUCAAAGAAGAAGGCAGCUUUCCGCCGGCUCAAAUCGGACAGCUCGCUGCUGGAGAAAAUGAAGCUCAAGGACUCCCUUUUUGACUUGGACCCUGUGGGCAAGCAGCCACCCCCACUGGCAGGGCCCAAAGCGGGCGCUGAGAGAAAGAAGGACAAGAGGAACCGCAAAGCCGCCCUGGAGGCCGGGGGCCCCAAGCGCAGCCGGGGGGACCCGGGGGGGGAGAAGCGCUCGCGCAUCAAAAAGAGCAAGAAGCGGAAGUUGAAAAAGGCGGAGCGCUCUGAGAAGAAGCACAAAGCUUCGCUGAGCGAGACGGACUCGGAGGAGGAGGAGACGGCGGUGGCGCCUCUGGCAGGGGUAGCCCUGCGGCCGGGCAGGGAGGAGGGGGCGGCCACGGCACUGGUCAGCGUGCCGGCGCCCCCGGAGCUCCUGGCAGCUGGCUUCCCCAUUAAGGGUGAGGACAUGGAAGGGAAGGAGGGCAUCAGCACGGAGACCAGCCAAGACGGGGACGGCAGCUCCAGCGAAGGCGAGAUGCGGGUGAUGGACGAGGACAUCAUGGUGGAAUCAGGGGAUGAUUCGUGGGACCUCAUCACAUGUUACUGCCAGAAGCCAUUCGCCGGUCGGCCCAUGAUUGAGUGUAACCAGUGUGGCACCUGGAUCCACCUCUCGUGCGCCAAGAUCAAAAAGACCAACGUUCCCGACAUCUUCUAUUGCCAGAAGUGUAAAGAAGGCUCUCGAAAACAGCUGCCCCCCUUGCUCCCACCGGCGGCUCCCGGGGCCGCAGCUGCCAUUGCAUCCAGGGGAGGAGGGGAGCCCUAGCCGGUCAGGGGAUGAU